UGCACUGACUGAUAUUACCUGUAUCUUAUUGAUGUCUGGUUCUCAAACUGAAUGUUCUGUACUGUGUGUUCCCUCCCAGCUGUGACAGUAUGUACAGCGAGCCAGCUGACAGUUCGAUCAACUGCAACGCAUCAACUGAAUACUGUAAUCUCCUGAGCCAGGCACCCUUCACUGCUUGCCACAGCCACAUUGCCCCGGAGCCCUUCAUUAAAGCCUGCACAGAAACUUUGUGCAAAUACCCAUCGGUGGACGGCAUCAACUGCCAGUUUUUGGAGGCGUACGCCACGUCCUGCAAGCUGACAAGCGACGUCGUGCUCGGGGACUGGUGGUCAAAGGCCAGCUGCUCUGCACCUUCUAACCCCUGUCUGGACCUGUACUGCAGUAAUAAUGAGUUCUGCGGUGAGACGUUCGGUGACACCAGCUGCGUCUGUCGGUCCAUUUUUGCCUCCAAGUACAAAGCAACAAACAGUUUGGGUGAUCCGACUGUCUGCACGCAGAACUCUGCCAGUCUCACUCUGGCAGGAUGUCUGCUGCAGGAAAAAGGCAUCGACUACACCGCCUUACACCUCAAGGACAUGAGCUGCACAGGUCACAUGGACAGCAAGACCCACAUGGUGACUUUCAGCUUCGACGGCACCAACCCCUGCGGGGUGGAUGUUGUGACGAACGGCAGCCAAGUCAUCUACAAGAACACCAUCACGACGAGCAACACCUCCGUGGACACCGUCAUCACACGCGACAGACAAGUGGUGAUCGACUUCUCCUGCUUCUACACCCAGCCAGAUCUGAAGAAUGUGGCCUUCUUGAUCAAGGACGGCUCGGUGGUGCAGCAGAUUGUAUCUGGAGCUUGGAAUUACACUCUGAUGAUGAACACCUACACCGACGCCGGCCUCACACAGCUUGUCGGGCCGACCACUAAGAUCGGGCUGAACCAGAAGAUCUGGAUGGCGCUGAAGACAGAGGGGCUGGACGACAACAUGGUCGCAGUGGUGACCGACUCCUGCUGGGCGACCAGCGAGUCAUCCCCUGAAAGUUUGCCAAGAUACGAGCUCAUCACCAAGGGAUGCAAAAACCCUGCUGACAAGACCGUGAACAUAAACGGAAACGGGGUGGGAACGUCCAACGCCUUCUCUUUCAACAUGUUCGAGUUCGCCGGGAAAAGUAGUGAAAUCUACCUGCACUGCAAACUGCAGCUGUGCGUCACACAGGGCAAAUCCUGUGUCCCGAACUGCAGUGGAGGUGGAAACAGGAAGCGCAGAUCCUUGAUGCCUAAAUAUGCAAAUGAAACCCCGGCUGUCAUCACUAUGGCCUGGAGUAAUUAGGUGAUUCCUGAUUUAAGCUGCGUCCCAACAAGGAGCCUGAAAUCACCCUGGUCUUGAAUUUGACAUUUGAAAGAUUUAACAGUGAUGUUGUGACACACCUGAGAUGCUCAUUUAAUCCAAAGAUUCAUGCAAAUUACUGAGAUUUUAAAUGUACUUUUUGGUGAAAUACUAGAUGUGAAGUGAUGUGUGCAGUGAAGAAAAACUAAUUCAAUAUAUAACAAAUAAUAAAUAAAUAAUUUCUUUAUUGUAGUGUAAAUGCCAACUUUAAAUGUACACAGUCUUAAUGCUACAUACUGAAUACAAAAACAAUUUCUGUGUUUUAGUGAUAUGAAGUUAAAACAAGUUUAUAGCUGAAAGAAGCUUUGCAGCAAGAUGGUUUUAAAGAUCAACUGGAAGGAAAAUACUGAUGUUAACAUGAAAGAAAUGGUUCAUAGAUUGAAGUUUGUAUAAAUGAAGAUUGUCCGUUAAAACUGUGACUGUAAUCACAUGCUGUUGUACCAUUAUUAUGUCAUUAUUA